CUGCUCGCUACCUGUGUGUGUGUGUAGACGACUUGAUCAUGGCCACCGUGAUAAAUCUCUCGAUUGUAGCGCCUCCAAUCCCUCAAAACUGGGCGCAGGAGCAAAAAAAUGCAGGACAAGCUAUCCCAUCUGCCUCAUCUUCUACAACCAUCUUUACGAAUGUGAAUUCCAAGCUUGUACCCCGAAAACUGCUUCCAGUUGGGUCAGCUUAUCUGGCCCAUGUCCGUCGAUCGAUCCAUAAUCACUCCUUCGAAGAACAUGACAAACAUGAGGCAGCCCGUCGCGAGCGUGCACGAAGUGAGGAGGCAGUUUCGAACGAGGAUGAUUUAGGUGUAGGCGAUGAAGAAGAGACCCCAGAGCUUCUUGCGCUCGAUCCAAAGGAAUGGAAGAAACAAGAUCACUACGCCGUUCUCGGCCUCUCACAUCUCCGAUACAAGGCGACAGAAGAACAGAUCAAGAUCGCACAUCGCAAAAAGGUGUUGAAACAUCACCCGGACAAAAAAGCUGGGCUUGCCGGAGACUCAAAUGAUGAUGCAUUUUUCAAAUGUAUCCAGAAAGCACUUGAGGUCCUCUCAAACCCAGAACGUCGACGCCAAUUCGACUCAGUCGACCCGUAUUACAUGGAGAUCGAGGAGGACGCUCCAACAGAAAAAGACUCAAAGAAAGCCAUCGACCGUGACCCGAAUGCUUUCUUCACAAUCUUUGCACCGGUGUUCGAACGAGAAGCUCGAUUCAGCAAGAAGCACCCUGUGCCGAUGCUCGGUGGGAUGGAGGAUCCUAAAGCAGACGUCGAAGGCUUUUACGACUUUUGGUAUAACUUUGAUAGCUGGAGAAGCUUUGAGUAUCUCGACAAAGAAGUGAAUGAGGGAAGCGACAAUCGCGAUGACAAGCGAUACACAGAGAAAAAGAACAAAUCGGAGCGUGCCCGGCGGAAGAAAGAAGACAACGCACGCUUACGUUCUCUCGUAGACCUUGCACUGGCACUCGAUCCCCGCAUCAGGCGAAUCAAACAGGAAGAGAAAGAGGCGCGAGAAGCGAAGAAGCGUAAAGGGAAGCCGGGCGCAAGAAACGCGGAGGACGAAGAGAAGAAGCAGGCCGAGGCUGAGGCUGAGAAGAAACGGGCGGAAGAGGCAGCAGCGCUCGAGAAGGCGGAGAAAGAGAAAGAGAAGAAGGCGAAAGCGAAGGCAGCGAAGGACGCGCGUCGUGCUGCCAGAAAGGCUGCAGAAGAGCAGGAUAGUGGUGCCGCAACAUAAAUUGAAACCUCUAUGCGCUAUUAUCUCCUCUGCUUCGCUGUGUCUUUGCUUUGUAGACUUUUUUUUUCGUAGACAGACCGAGAACACGUGUCCCUAGACCGACAUCACAGUGUGUUUUACGCAGUUGUAGAAAUGUCCCACAGAUUCC